AUGAAGCUUUGGAAGGCCAUAAGUCUCAAUGGAAAAUCUUCUCCUGCUCCCUCAGGUUUCCUUCCUGUUUACAUUGGAUGGAAUCGCACCCGGUUCCUGAUCCCCACCCACUACCUCAACUUUCCGAUCUUCGCGGCUCUUCUUCGCAAAUCUGGGGAGGAAUUCGGGUUCAAGGCCAACGGAGGCAUAGUGUUGCCGUGUGAUGUUGAGUUCUUCAAAGAGGUCUUGAACUUGCUUCGAAAAGAUGAGAAAAGCAAGGAAGAUAGCGAUAGUUGCGAUCAUCAUCAGGGAUACUUAAGACCUUUGCUGCAAAAAGCUAGGGCCUGA